AUGGAAGAUUUGACAACAUCUUCUAUUUCUGGUGUCUCAACACCAAGCGAAGUUGGAUCAGAAGUAGUUGAUAAGAAGUUUUCAAUAAAAACUAGUAGAUCAUAUUUAAAAACUCAUACUUUGAAAUGUCCUAAUUCUCUAUUAAAUGAGACUCAAAGUAAUGUAUUCAAGCAAAUUACAAAAGGAGAAAUAGAUAAAUCAAUAGUUGACUUUGUUGUCAGAACAGGAAUUUCUUUCAGUAUUCUUGAUAAUUUGUUAUUUUAUCAAAUAGCUCAAAACCUCUGUCAUGUUACAAAAUUAUAUAAAAUUCCAUAUUCGACUACAAUAUCAUGA